GUUUUGAUUAGUGCGCGGAGCUGCGGCGGCGGAGCAGGGUGCGGAGUUGUGCGGCCCGGGGCCGGGCGGCGAGGCGGCGGGACGUUGGCAUCGGGGGCGCAGGCGCGCAGGGUCCGGCCGGCGACCGCGAGGGUGUGGAGAGGCGAGCCUGAGCACGGGCUACGGCCGCUCUGACCACGGAGCCCGGCCACCGCAGCGCCCGCAGCAGCGAGCGCGCCCAGGACAGAGCGCGAACGAGUGCGCGCGGGCGGGGCGCGCAGGCCCUGCCCGCCCCUUCCGUCCCCACCCCCCUCCGCCCCUUCCUCUCCCCACCUUCCUCUCCCCUACUGCGCCCCCGCGCCGGGCGCCCACCCUGUCCUCCUGCGGGAGCGCGGUCCGCGGCGGCGGCCGGAGCGGGCCAGGCCAGGCCGGGGGAUGGCGCUCCUGGACCUGGCCUUGGAGGGAAUGGCCGUCUUCGGGUUCGUCCUCUUCUUGGUGCUGUGGCUGAUGCAUUUCAUGGCCAUCAUCUACACCCGAUUACACCUCAACAAGAAGGCAACGGACAAACAGCCGUAUAGCAAGCUCCCAGGCGUGUCUCUUCUGAAGCCCCUGAAAGGGGUAGAUCCUAACCUAAUCAACAACUUGGAGACAUUCUUCGAAUUGGAUUACCCCAAAUAUGAAGUCCUCCUUUGUGUACAAGAUCAUGAUGAUCCAGCCAUUGAUGUAUGUAAGAAGCUUCUUGGAAAAUACCCAAAUGUUGAUGCUAGAUUGUUUAUUGGUGGCAAAAAAGUUGGCAUUAAUCCUAAAAUUAAUAAUUUAAUGCCAGGAUAUGAAGUUGCAAAGUAUGAUCUGAUAUGGAUUUGUGAUAGUGGAAUAAGAGUAAUUCCAGACACACUCACUGACAUGGUUAACCAAAUGACAGAGAAAGUAGGCCUGGUUCAUGGUCUGCCUUAUGUAGCAGACAGACAGGGCUUUGCCGCCACAUUAGAACAGGUAUAUUUUGGAACUUCUCAUCCAAGGUCAUAUAUCUCUGCCAAUGUAACUGGUUUCAAAUGUGUGACGGGAAUGUCUUGUUUAAUGAGAAAGGAUGUGUUAGAUCAAGCAGGAGGGCUUAUAGCUUUUGCUCAGUACAUUGCUGAAGAUUACUUUAUGGCCAAAGCCAUAGCUGACCGAGGCUGGAGGUUUGCGAUGUCCACUCAGGUCGCAAUGCAAAACUCUGGCUCUUACUCAAUUUCCCAGUUUCAGUCCAGAAUGAUCAGGUGGACCAAAUUGCGAAUUAACAUGCUUCCUGCUACAAUAAUUUGUGAGCCAAUUUCAGAGUGCUUUGUUGCCAGUUUAAUUAUCGGAUGGGCAGCCCACCAUGUAUUCAGAUGGGAUAUUAUGGUAUUUUUCAUGUGUCAUUGCCUGGCAUGGUUUAUAUUUGACUACAUUCAACUCAGGGGUGUCCAGGGUGGCACACUGUGUUUCUCAAAACUUGAUUAUGCAGUAGCCUGGUUCAUCCGUGAAUCCAUGACAAUAUACAUUUUUUUGUCGGCAUUAUGGGACCCUACCAUAAGCUGGAGAACUGGUCGCUACAGAUUGCGCUGUGGAGGCACAGCGGAGGAAAUUCUAGAUGUAUAACGACAGCUUUGUGACUGUACAUAAAGGAAAAAAAGAGAAGUAUUAUAAAUUAUGUUUAUAUAAAUGCUUUUAAAGAUCUACCUUCAGUAGUUUUAUCACAUGUAUGUUUGAUAUCUGUUCUUUAAUUUAUUUUGCAUGGCACUUGCAUCUGUGAAGAAAAAAAAAAACACAUCUGUAGUCUUGGCCAAAUGGUACACUUUAUUUUGUGGAAGUAGUGAAUCAAGAGAAUUGGUUCUAGGAACCUGGGUUUGGUUUUUUUGUUGUUGUUUGUUUAUUUUUUAAAAAUAAAUAUAUAUAUAUAAAAUAUAUGAAUGCUCUGCAACAAACACUAUGACAGUAUCCUUCAGUAGAGAAAGUUUCUUAUUUGUGAGUACACUCUUUUAGAACAUUCAUGGGAUGGCAGCAGCUUUGUUUUGGGGUUUAGGAGAGGCUAGAAAGUAAUCCCUUUACGUGUCUAAAGUGAAAGGUAUUAUGUGGUGGACAGCCCACAGCGGGGUACUAACUAAGAAACUUUUUCAUGCUCUAUGCCUACCUCUUGUAGUUGUUGCAGAGCAAAUAUAAAUUGUAAUAAGGUAGCUAGGCCUUGCAAAAACAAAUGGGAAAACUUUAAAAAUAAUAAUAAAAGAGCUGGAGUCUAGUAUUUA